AUGGCGCUGUUCGCCUUCGGUUUGGUCAACACAAUUGGCCUCAUUGGCGGCCUUGUUUUUGCCUAUACCUUUGGCUACCUCUUCUACAACCUUUACCUUCACCCACUCCGAAAGUAUCCCGGCCCACUAUGGAUGCGCGCCACUCGAAUCCCGUUUUGCUAUCAGCUGCUCACUGGAACCUUGCCCUAUGACAUGCUCGACUUGCACAACAGGUACGGCCCCGUAGUACGCAUCGCCCCCGACGAGCUCGCGUUCCACGAUUCUCGAGCAUGGAAGGACAUCAUGGGCCACCGCUCUCAAGGCGGCGCAGAGAUGGACAAGUCCCAAAAGUUCUACCGUGCCGUACCCGGAGCUCCAUCCGACAUUGUCAAUGCUCCCCGCGAGGAGCACUCCACUCUCCGCCGUUCGCUUGCACACGGAUUCAGCGAGCGCAGCAUGCGCGACCAGGAACCCAUCAUCAAGAAGUAUAUUGACCUCCUCUUUCAACGACUUCAUGAGCAUGGAGACAACGGCGCGAAGCCCCUCGAUUUGGCCGCCUGGUACAACUACACCACCUUCGAUGUUAUCGGCGAUUUGGCCUUUGGCGAGCCCUUUGGCUGUCUUGAUGGUUCGGACUAUCAUCCUUGGGUGAAGGCCAUUUUUCAGAUGGCGCGUCUCGGUACCGUACUUCAACUGGCUACUCACUACCCCUUCAUUGGGAAGUUGAUGAUGGCCAUGGUUCCUGCAAAGGCCAUUCGUGAACGCCAAGUUCACGAGGAUUUCACCAAGGCCAAACUGCAGCGCCGUAUGGAACUGGGCCAGGACAGACCUGAUCUGAUCGAGGGUUUUCUGAAGAAGAAGGAUGACUGGAACAUGACCUUUGACAAGUUGAAGGCCAAUGCAAGCAUUCUCAUCAUUGGUGGAUCCGAGACAACUGCAACUCUUCUCUCUGGCGUAACUUACUUCCUCUUGAUGAACCCCGAGGCUCUUCGAAAACUCACCGAAGAAGUCCGCUCUACGUUCAAAAAUGAGAGCGAGAUUGACUUCGUCUCUGUGAAUAACUUGCCCUACCUUCUUGCUUGCUUGGAAGAGGCGCUUCGAAUGUACCCUCCCGUCCCCAUCGGUCUGCCUCGCAUCGUCCCGGCAGGAGGCGCAACUAUUGCGGACAACUAUGUCCCCGAGGGCACCACUGUGUCCGUCUACCAAUGGGCCAUGUACUAUUCCGAGAAGAACUUCAAGGAUCCUAAGAACUACCACCCUGAGAGAUGGCUGGGAGACCCCAAGUUCGCCAGCGACAACAAAGACGCCUUCCAGCCCUUCCACCUUGGACCUCGUAACUGCAUUGGAAGAAACUUGGCCUAUGUUGAAAUGCGCACGAUUCUCACCCGCAUGUUGUGGAACUUUGACAUGAAGAUUGCAGAUGACAGCACCAACUGGGUUGGCCGACAAAAGAUUUACCUGCUAUGGGAGAAGGGGCCUCUCAACGUUUAUUUAACCCCGGUUCAGCGUUCUUAA